CGAAGCACGAAGGAAGACGACAGCAGGGAAAGAAUUAUUCGCGACUAGUUUCGUUGACUCGGUUCUCGUGAUAGCGAGUGAUUUGUACAGGCUAUACCGCCGUUGCUUUUCGUGUCAUCUGGUUUAAGGAAUCAUCUGGCCAAUCAUCAUCUGGAUGUAUAUGAACCAAACGUUUGGCCACACACAAUCAGCAGUGGACGCAGCUGCCCAUGGAGGCAUGCUGCCACUUCCAUUGCCGAGUAGUGUCACGAACCGGCAUCGUCUCGAGUGCGCACCCACCGGUCCAAUUCCAUAUGCGAUGAAUGUGCAGUUCGGACACCCCAACUGGUACACUGCCGACUUCGACUCGUAUGCAUACCCGGACACGAAGCCGGAUAUACAUUUCACCGACAGCAAAAAAUACAUAUGGAAUAGAUCGGAAGGGUGGUACACAAGUUAUCAAGAAUACCAGGACCAGCACCCGUCGCGAGUCGAGUCCACCUCGUCGGGCUUCUCCCCUUAUCCUUCGCCGCACCCGGCGAGUUUGUCCACGACACCUACUCACACAGGUUCGGGUAGCUCUCCGGCGCUCCCGAACUCUCAAACCACCGCUGACGCAAGCGAGGAUGACGUCAACGACAGGAGCGGUUCACCCGACGAAUCGGAGUGGUCGCCGUCUGUGGGCGUAGAAAGAGGGGAACGUGAGCCCGGAGCGCAGGGUACAGUGCACGUACGCAAGAAGCGCAAGCCUUACUCGAAAUUCCAAACGUUGGAAUUAGAGAAGGAAUUCCUCUACAACGCGUACGUGUCCAAACAAAAGCGAUGGGAGCUGGCACGGAACUUAAACCUAACGGAACGUCAGGUGAAAAUCUGGUUCCAAAACCGACGCAUGAAAAGCAAGCGGAACAGCCAACGGCAGCAGACACAGAACCGAUCGAGUCAGAUCGCGCUAGCAAAUACACCUAUUUCAGGGGGACCCGCUCAUUCCCUGGGGGCCACGCCUCCUGGACCCUUGCAACCAAUGGGUUUACAAUGCGGAUAUCCCCCACCCCCUGAUCCCCAUGCCCAGUCCUCUGUGUAUCCAGUACUCUCUAGCAGUUACCUAUAGAUCCGAAUAGAAGAUGAUGAUGAUGAUAAUAAUGAUGAUUAUAAUUACGAUAGAAUUAUCACUGCAAACAGGGAGAGAAGUCAUAACG